GAAACGAAUACUUUGGCUGAACUUGGCAGGAAUUCGGUGCGGCUCAAGAGUAGGGAGGGACGGAGGGGCCGGGCCAGUGCACCACGGGCCCUGCCCACCCCUUCGCUAACGCCGCCAGAGCGCAGUGCGCGCGUGCCCGCCUGCCCGCCUGCCACCACUGACGAGAGAGAGAAGUGAGGGGGGUGGGUGCCACUUGCAUCGCGUUGACCGAGAGGGUCGCUAUACGUUUCGUAAAGACAAAGCCCCGUGUUGUUUUUUUUUGGGGCGGCUAAGCGAGGGAGUCCCCCCGGGGUAAGCGAUGGGUGGUUAAUGUCCGCGCCUGGAAUUAUGCCGGUACCUGGAGGGAAGGCGGCGAACAAAGGGGGCUGGACGAGACUUUACUCAAGAGGCUGCGGAUUCAUCUCGUGUGACAUUGCUGAUAGCUGCCGUUGCUACUCCUAAGCCAGCUGGGGUGGGAUGAACAUGCGGACAGAUUUGACCGACUUUCAAUAGGCGGAGAAGAAAAACGCCGUCUGAACUUACUCCUUGUUGGGCAAAGGAUUUCUACGUGUCCACUUCUAGCCACGAAACGCUAGGCGAUAACUUGAAUGAAGACAAGGGGAAACCUGUUUCUGGCAGCCCCGGGGCUAUGAAACUCGAGUGGCCACGGAGAGCUGACAGAUGUGCCGGAUUUUCGUCCCUGCGGAUGUUAGCACCUGCCUAGAGACGAGCAGCUCCCCCCCGAUAAGCCAGUCGUCUCUGCCUCUUGUCACAUUGUUCACUUCUCCGAAUUUUGCACUGGGAAUUACAGAGCCAUGCAGAUGACACUCGUUUUGCUGUGGACACUUGCUGUGAUCACUGGAGCUCAACCAAAAAAGGCUGGCGAUGGCCCGGUGCUGCUCACCAACGCUCUCGUCCACGUGCCGGAAGGCGGCAUGUUUCAGAUCACCAACAUGCAGCUGCGGGCCGCCUCGGGUGACGCCAGCGACUCGGAAAUCCUCUUCAUGCUCACCCCGGAGCAUGGCAACCCUCCCUUCGGCGACGUGGUGCUGCUGGUGCCGAUGCCGGCGGACGGCCCGUCGGACGGUUGGGAGCUGCUUCCCGAUGGACGCGCGGCCACCCCCACUACGUCCUUCACGCAGCAGGACAUCAACGAGGGCAUCGUUUGGUACCGCAGCGCGGCCGGAACGCUCUCCCCACGGGACGCCUUCACUUUCACGGUGACGGACGGAGCCAAGCCUCCCCACGAGCUGGCGGGCCAAGUUUUCCACGUUGGCAUCAUCCCUCAGCACGACUCGCCCCCGCAGCUCUCUCCCGGCGUGCCCUCCCCUCUACGCAUGCUGGCAGCAAAAGACCAAAUCACUGUCAUUCAGUCGAACUACCUCUCCUUUGUGGAUAACUCUGGCAGUGAAUACCUGCUGUACAACGUAACCCAGCUCAUCCCACCUGAGUAUGGGGCGCUGGAACAUGCAGACAGGCCGGGCCACUCCGUCACCCUCUUCACGCAGGCCGACGUCGACAUGGGAAAGAUUGUGUACCGUCCUGGGAAUGCACGGACCGUCCCAGGGCCCGCCACAGCCUUCCGCUUCACCGUGUCUGACGGUGCAAACACCUCCCCGGAAACUGAGUUCACCUUACAGCUCUACACUCCCAGCAAGCUACCGCCAGUGUUCCAGCAGGCCAGCCCCGCCAUCCACCUCACACAGGGCGGCACAGCACCUAUUGGCCUGGAGCAGCUGUCUGCAGAGGAUGCUGACUCAAGUCCGGAGGAGCUUCUCUUCGCCGUUCUCGAGGCGCCGAGCCACGGACUUCUGACUAAAUACACAGCUGGCAGGCAUCUAACCCUGGCUUCAGGCGACGUAUUUACCCACGACGACCUCGCGAAGAGCGCCCUGCACUACGUGCACGACGGGACCGGCGCGAGCGGCGACGACGCCGCCUCGUUCGGCGUGUCCGACGGCGUCGCCACGGCGACCGUCGCGGUGGCUGUGAUCAUCGCGCCAACCGACGGCCAAGGACCCCGGCAGGCCCCCGGAACGCAGCUGUCCAUCACGCUGCCCGAAAAAGGCACCGCGACCAUCACGGCGUCGGAGCUGGCUUACUCCGCGGGCGACUCUCCAGCAGGCCAGGUGCGCUUCAUGCUCACGUCGGUACCCAUGUACGGGCUGCUGGUGAUCAGCGGGGCCCCCGGUGUGGAGCACGAGCUCUCGGACUUCUCCAUCUUCUCCAUGGAAGACAUCAACGGCAACAGAAUCAAGUACAAGACCGACUUUGACCUGGGAGGGGAUCCCAUCACAGACCUGUUUUACUUCUCAGUGACAGACGGGCAGGGGAAUCGGCUUGAGAAUCAGAUCUUCACACUCACCAUCACCCCUGGAGGAAACCAGCCGCCCAGCUUGACACUCACACCCUCGCUCAAGGUAGAUGAAGGAGGCAAAGUCAUGAUUUCUUCCAAUGACAUCAUGGCAAUGGAUGCAGACACUCCCAAGCAGGAACUGGUGGUGAAGAUCACGGAUGCUCCGAAACUUGGCUAUAUCUUAAACACCAAAUCUGGGCCGGCGAGUGCCCGCCGCUCGGAGAGCUCUUUCUCCGUGCAGGACGUGCUGGACGCCGCGGUCUUCUACGUGCAGAGCGUGCACCGUGAGACGGAGCCCGUGUACGACGCGUUCCGGCUCCACGUGACAGACGGCCACAGCGCCUCUCCCUCGUACCUCUUCAACAUCUCUAUACAGCGCAGUAAUGAUGAGCCUCCCAAGCUGGUGACGGGGACGGUCGCCUGCCGCCCCGGCGAGGCCAUCGUGUUGCGGGAAGACGCGAUCUCCGUCAAGGACAUGGACACACCGGGCCCCGAGCUGGUGCUCACCAUCACCCACAAACCCCAGCACGGCAAGCUGAGCCGCAAGGCUCGGCGGUCGGAGAGAGCCGGCGAUGGGGAGCUGGCUCAGGGCUCCACCUUCACGUUCCAGGACGUGGUGGACGGGCUGCUGUCCUACACGCACGACGGCACGGACGGCGCGGUGGACGAGUUCCGGCUGUCCGUGUCGGACGGAGCGCACUCGCAGAACGGCCGCGUCGCAGUGUCCGUGGAGCACUCGCGCUCCGAGAUCCCGCGCAUGGCCAUCAACCGUGGGCUGCAGAUCCAGGCCGGCUCGGCCGCUACAGUCACGGCCCAGCAGCUGCAAGCCAUGGACGUCGACUCGGACACUCUGCAGCUCAAGUUCUUCGUGGUCCGCGACGCGCCCGUGGGCCGUCUGCUGCUCGCCCAAGCCGGGCCCAAAGGUGGCUCGAAGGGCCAGCAAACGCAGCAGCAGGUGUCCGUCAAGGGCCCCGUCAAGAGCUUCACGCAGGCCGAUGUCAACAAAGGGCUGCUUGAGUACAGACACAACAAGGGGGAGGAUGGUGGAAGCUUUGCCUUCAAGUUUGACAUCGUGGAUCAAGAGGGAAACAAGCUCAUCGAUCAGUCCUUCCACAUCACCAUCCUAGAGGACCGGCUUCCGCCCGUGGUGGAGGUGAACAAGGAGCUGGUGGUGGAGGAGAACUCCGUGGCCAAGCUGGGCACGGAGUUGCUGUCUGUGACUGACGCGGACACGGAGCCGGGACAGCUGCUCUACCGCGUCGCUCGGGGGCCUUCGCUCGGCCGCCUUGAGAUGCUCGCCAAUCCGGGCCGGGCGGUCACGGCGUUCUCGCAGGCGGACCUGGCUGCGCGGCGCGUGCAGUACGUGCACACGAGCUCGCAGGAGAAGCACGACGACGACUUCACCUUCACCGUGUCCGACGGCAGCAACGAGGUGAGACAGACGAUGCGGAUCCGCAUCGCGCCCGUGGACGAUUCGCUGCCCGUGGUGCAGAGCCUCGGCAUGCGCGUGCAGGAGGGCGUGCGCAAGCCCAUCACCGAGUUCGAGCUCAAGGCCACAGACGCCGACACGCAGCCGGACUCCAUCACGUUCACGGUGGUGCAGCCACCGCGACACGGCGCCAUCGAGCGCGGGACCGGAGGAGGGGCAGGGGGCCUGGCCGGCGCUGGCUGGCAGGCGGCCUCCACCUUCACCAUGGAGGACGUGUACCAGGGCCGCGUGAGCUACAGCCACGACGGCUCCAACACGCUGCGCGACAACUUCGCAUUCACCGUCGGCGACGGCACCAACCCCUUGUUCGUGCUCAGGGAGGGCAGUGCUGAGGUGGUGACGGCCUUGCCUCAGAAGUUCCAGAUUGAAAUCCUCCCGGUGGAUGAUGGCACACCCCGUAUCGUGACGAACCUGGGCCUGCAGUGGCUUGAGUACAUCGAGGGCAAGGCAGCCAAUCACAUCACCAAAAAGGAGCUGUUGACCCUUGACCCUGACACGGAUGAUACCCAGCUGGUGUAUGAAGUGACCUCUAACCCCAAGCAUGGACACCUAGAGAACAAGCUGAAGCCCGGCGUUCCCGUGAAAGCCUUCACCCAAGAGGAGGUGAACCUGGGCGUGCUGCGCUACGUGCUGGAGGAAGGCAAAGUUGAGGAGACCGUGGACUCGUUCCGUUUCUCGGUGCGCGACAGCAAGCCCAACGUGGUCAGCGAUAACGUGUUCCACAUCCAGUGGUCCAUCAUCAGCUUCCAGCACCGCAGGUACAACGCGAGCGAGACAGCGGGCACGGUCAGCGUGACGGUGAAACGGCGAGGGAACCUCAACCAGUACGCCAUCGUGCUGUGCCGCACCGAGCCCGGCACGGCCACGUCCUCCUCCGGCGCCGGCUCACGGCGCGGCGCUCACGACUACGUUGAGUACGCCGCGCAGGUGCAGUUCGAGGAGCGCGAGGACACCAAGACGUGCACCAUCAUCGUGAACGACGACGCCGUGUUCGAGGGGGAGGAGCGCUUCGGCGUGGAGCUCAGCAUGCCGGCGUACGCGCUGCUGGGCGAGCGUACACGCGCCACCGUCGCCAUCAACGACACGGAGGACGAGCCCACGCUGCAGUUCGACACGCGCCUCUACCGCGUCAACGAGAGCGACGGCACCCUGCAGGCCACCGUCAUCCGCAAGGGAGACGCGGGCAGCACGGUGUCGGCCGUGUGCCACACUCUGUCGGGCUCCGCGCGGGGCAGCGGCGCGGGGCUCCUGGCGAGCGGCUCCGACUUCGUGUCGCGGCAGCUCGGCGAAGAGUCGCGCCUCGUGCUCGCGCCCGGCGUCACGGCCGCCUCCUGCGCCGUCACCGUCGUGGACGACAGCGAGAGCGAGCUCGAGGAGGACUUCCAGGUGGCUCUGGCGGAGCCGUCUCCCAACGCGCGUCUGGGAGAGCGCACGACGGCUCGCGUUGUCAUCGCCGGCCCCAACGACGCCUCCCUCGUCCACCUGGGAGACUCGGCCUUCAGCGUCAGCGAAGACGCAGGCACGGUGGACGUUCCCGUUGUGCGGGAGGGAUCGGAUCUGUCGGCGGCCGCCUCGGUGUGGUGCGCCACCCGUCCCUCGGAGCCCCUCUCCGCCACUCCGGCCAUCGACUACGUGGCCACCUCACGUCAGGUCCUCUUCGCUCCCGGGAGGCGGGACGGGACCUGCACAAUCACGAUCCUGGACGACACGCAGCACCCGGUGAUCGAGGGCGGCGAGACGUUUGUGGUGUUCCUGAGCUCGCCGCAGGGCGUGCAGCUCACAGAACCGUCCCACGCUACCGUGCUGAUCAAUGACACCUAUCAGGACAUUCCCAGCGUGCAGUUUGGCAAGGAGGGCUACGCGGUGCAGGAGAGCGAGGGCUCCAUCUCGGUGCCCGUGCUGCGCAGCGGCGAUCUCAGCGCGCAGUCGUCCGUGCGCUGCUUCACACGCCGUGGCUCGGCGCGCGUCGAUCACGACUACACGGAGCGGCCAGACACGGAUGCCUCCCGCAUCACCUUCCUGCCCGGCGAGAAGACCAAAAAUUGCACUGUGAGAAUUGUGGACGACACGGAGUUUGAGGGCGAUGAGGAAUUCCGUUUGCACCUGGGCUCGGCGCUUGGCUCACAAUCGUCUGGUGCCAAGAUCGGCAAGAAUGACGUCGCCAUCAUCACCAUCACCAACGAGGAAGAUGCUCCCACCAUUCAGUUUGAAGAGGCGAGCUACCAGGUGCGCGAGCCGUCCGGCCCAGACGGCAUGGCCAUCCUCACCAUCCUCGUGCUCCGCUCGGGCGACCGCAACAAGACCUCCAAGGUGCGCUGCAGCACCCGCGAUGGAUCGGCGCAGUCCGGAAUGGACUACAACCCCAAGAGCCGCAUCCUCAAGUUCCUGCCCGGCGUGGAGCAGAUGGAGUUCCCCGUGGAGAUCCUGGCCAAUGAGGACCGCGAGUGGCACGAGUCCUUCUCCGUGGUGCUCGGGCCAGACGACCCCGUGGAGGCCGUGCUGGGAGACGUCACCACGGCCACGGUCACCAUCCUGGACCAGGAGGCCACAGGCAGCCUCAUUCUGCCAGCCCCGCCGAUCGUGGUUUCCCUCGCCGACUACGACAGCGUCGAGGAGGUGAUGAAGGAGGGCUCCAAGAAGGACCCAUCGCCGGGCUACCCGCUGGUGUGCGUCACCCCGUGCGACCCGCACUACCCCAAGUACUCGCUCACGCGCGAGCGCUGCGAGGAGGCGGGCAUCAAUCAGUCGGCGCUGUACUUCAGCUGGGAGGUGUCGUCCCCCACGGACGCCAACGGAGCUCGCUCGCCCUUCGAGACGGUCACCGACCACACUCCGUUCACGAGCGUCAACCACAAGGUGCUGGAGAGCGUCUACUUCGGGCGCCGCUUCCACGUGCGCUGCGUGGCACAGGCGCGCGACAGGAAGGGCCAGGCGGGCACGCCUCUGCGCAGCAACACGGUCACCGUCGGCACGGACAACAGCAUCUGCCACACGCCCGUGUCGGCCGGCUCGGCGCGCGCCCUGCAGGCGCAGUCCUUCAUCGCCAGCCUCGAGUACCUGGACGUCAAGCACGAGGAGCACCCCAACAGGAUUCACAUCUCGAUCCAGAUCCCGCACCAGGACGGGAUGCUGCCUCUCAUCUCCACCAUGCCCAUUCACAACCUGCACCUGCUGCUCUCCGAGUCCAUCUACCGGCAACAGCACGUGUGCUCCAACCUCGUCUCCCUGCGUAACCUCAGAGAGGCUGGAUUCCUGGACGAAGAGAAGGCAGAGACGCUGGUGCUGGGGCCGGGCUUUGACCGGCCGUACCAGUUCGACGGGAGCGUGCGCGAACCGCGCACUAUCCAGCUCUACCGUCACCUGAAUCUGAAGAGCUGCAUCUGGACCUUCGACGCCUACUACCACAUGACGGAGCUCAUCGACGUGUGUGGGGGCUCCGUCACCGCCGACUUUCAGGUGCGGGACUCGGCGCAAUCCUUCCUGACGGUCACAGUGCCUCUUUACGUCUCGUACAUCUACGUAACUGCUCCACGCGGCUGGGCCUCGCUGGAGCACCACACCGAGAUGGAAUUCUCAUUCUUCUACGACACUGUGCUCUGGAGGACCGGUAUCCAGACGGACAGCGUCCUCUCUGCAAGGCUCCAAGUCAUCCGCAUCUACAUCCGCGAGGAUGGGCGACUCGUGAUUGAGUUCAAGACACACGCAAAGUUCAGAGGCCAGUUCGUCAUGGAGCACCACACUCUGCCGGCGCAGAAGUCCCACCUGGCUCCACCCGAUCACCUGGGGGGUAUCGAGCUGGAGCUGGAGUUGGUGUGGAGUGCCCAGACCUUCGACUCGCCCUACCAGCUGUGGCGUGCCACCAGCUCCUACAACAGGAAGGACUACUCAGGGGAGUACACCGUGUAUCUGAUUCCAUGCACAGUGCAGCCCACACAGCCGUGGCUUGACCCAGGCAGCAAGGCCCUGUCCUGCACGGCACAGGCACCAGAGAAGUUCCUGCUGCCCAUCUCCUUCCAGCAGACAAACCGCCCGGUGCCCGUUGUGUACUCGCUCAACACCGAGUUCCACCUGUGCAACAACGACAAGGUGUUUCUGCUGGAUCCCGGCAAGUCAGACGUGGCCCUGCCCGAGAUGGACUACAAGGGCGCCUUCUCCAUGGGUCAAACGCUGUAUGGCCGUGUGCUCUGGAACCCCGACCAAAACCUCAAGUCGGCCUACAAGCUGCAGCUGGAGAAGGUGUACCUGUGCACGGGGCGCGACGGAUACGUCCCGUUCUUUGACCCGACGGGAACCAUCUACAACGAGGGGCCGCAGUAUGGCUGCAUUCAGCCCAACAAGCACCUGAAGCACCGCUUCCUGCUGCUGGACCGGAACCACCCCGAGGCAGUGGACCGUUACUUUCACGACGUGCCCUUUGAGGCGGGCUUCGCGUCCGACGUGCCCGAGUUCCAGGCGCUGUGGGACAUGCCCGGAGUGGAUGGAUUCAGCAUGAAGGUGGACGCCCUCUACAAGGUCGCCGCCGGACACCAGUGGUACCUGCAGGUAAUUUACCUGAUCGGGCCAGAGUCGCACGGCCCCCGCCUACGCCGCUCGGCGUCGAUCGGCCUUCCCAGCCGCCAACGCCGCGACCUGCUGGACCGCGACGGCAAGCUGGCGCUCCACGACUCGGUUAUCUACGACGAGGACGAGAGCCUGGGCGCCGGCGACGCCGACGUCCGCAACGGCACCAACAUGAAGACGCUGCAGCUGCAGCAGAGCGGCGCGGCCGCCUCCCUGGGGCCCGGCUCGGGCGGCGCGACGGCCGCGGCCACCGCCGCCGCCGCCGCCGUCUCGGCCCUGGCCGUCGCCGCGGCGGUCGCGACGUGCCUGGCGUGCGUGGCGGCGAGGCGCAGGCGCGCCAGGGCCAAGGAAGGCGCCUUCGCGGGCAGGCGCGCGAAGGCGCCUGUCGACUACCCGCUCAACACCACGGCGGCGACGGCGGACGCCAAGCGGGUGGAUGAGUCGGAGCGCCCGCUCAACCCCGCACGCACGAGCGCCCUGGUGAAGAACGUCAACCUCCUGAACAAGAACGACGACGUGGAGCUCGCUCGAGUCAAGGGAGUCAAGGUCAAAAGGGUCAACCUAGAGGUCAAAGUUCAGAACAACUUGCAUGAUGGCACAGAGGUGUGAAUUAUAUAUAUAUAUUUUUUUCCCCUCUUUCAGGUGUGCUUGUUGUUGUGCUAAAAGGCCAAUGUCUUGUGCGAGCAGUAGUCUUUGUUCACAGACACCGGUCUCCACCCUGAUUUGACUUCAGAAUUUGGCAAUUCUGGGCAAUUCUGAAGUCGCGAAUAACGUAGCAUUGAUUGGUAUCAAUGUCAACAAUUGAAAAUAAGUGCUUUGACCAAUUUCAGGACAUGAACCUUAAAUGCUUUAUUGUAUCCUAUUGCAUAUCAAUGUUAACUUUGUAUUAGUUGUAUUAAAACAAAAGGGCUUCUCUGACCCUUUAUAAAGUGUAAAAUAGAUGGUACUUAUUCAACCAGGAUGAACUUGUCCAUCUGGAGCUUUGAGAAAAAUACUUUUAAAAGUUAAUUUUUAUGCCACAAUUUCAGAGGAAGAAUACAAAUGAUGCACUUGGAGAAGUAAAUAGCUUGCUGCUUCACAAUGGCCUUUUUCUGCUCCGAAGUGGCAUGGAGACAAUGCUGACAAUUACCAAUAACCAAACAGUUAAGGUACGCUGUAGUCAACGCAUCUUGGCAAUUGUUAAACUCCUGCGUGACACAAAAAAAGCGAAUUUGUGCCAAGUCGCAAAAAAUGUAAUCUGUUAACCAGCUCGGUAGCGUUUACGUGAGCCUUGAUAACUAUUACUUUGAGUUUAUAUUAUUUUAAAAGUUUGUUGUUAUCAAUAGCUUUUCAACCUAAUUUCUGGAUAAAAAAGGCUUUUAAAUAAAACAUGGCUGUGUAUUUAAAACUACGAAAAGUUUUCCAUUCAAAUUUGUACAUUUUUAUUUGGUAUGGUUUAACAAAAAACACACCUGGUCUUUCCACAAAUGAAUGCGCAAAUAAUGUACAAUCAAUGAGCAAGUUAGUAUUUUUGAAGGAAGAGCAUGACAAACAUUUCAUGGUUCCAUGGGGCCAGGUGAUGGCUGUUUACCAUUGGUAGACCCAUGCAGAUCCACCCCAGUUCCGAUCGGGCCUUUGAAAACAUCAACACGAUUGCACCUGCACAACCACCCAUACCGCACUAAACUGUGUUUAUUUUUUCAGGCCCGCUCAAGGUUUAGAGCAAGGGGGGAAAAAAUCCCCAUCUGUCGGGCCACUGACGUUAUACUGUGCCCACACCCCCUUUUGACCAAUGAUGCAUAAAGCAAGGUACAAAAGUAGACUCGGGGAUUCAUGAGUGGGUAUGGCACAUGUAAAGCCCCAUCAUACUGAGAACCCAAUCACCUUUACUCCAACAGAAUAUCUAUUCAAUUCAGUGAUAAUUAUUGUGCCGCUUCAGGAUGUAUUGUACUUCAGUUUGGUGAGUUUGCCUCAAGCUAAUAAGCACUCGGUAAAUCAAGGUUAGCCAUCGCAGAAUUUCCUUCAGCUAAAAUUAGUGAGUCAAAUGUAAUGAAAACAUGAAUAACUCUAGAAUUGAAAGCUGUGUCCCUUUGAGCUUUUCUCAAAAUGGAGGAUGUCUUUGGGGGGCUAUGAAAGUACAGAUCUGCACCAAAUUUUGCUCCAUGUAGGCUGCAGUUAGUGUUGCUCAAUCUAUCUACCAAUUCUACACGUGAACAAAGCUCAAAAUGUAAUGAGGGACAAGUGUUGAUGUUUGCGGACCCUUUUAAUAAAACAAAAUGUGUUUCUUUGCACAAAUUAUUCCAAUUGUGUGCUAUCAGUAUCAUGUCACGAGAUAAGGCAGCUAUUUGGAAAUUUCACAGAUCAGCAUUACUCUGUGUCAGAGUGCCUGGGGAUGAGAUUUCACAUGGCGUCUCCUGAAAACUCCUUCAAGUGGCCUUUUUAUCUUCUUUUACAACCGGGGUUGUACUUCCACAUACACUGCUAAGAAGUUGUCUAACGAUUGAAAACAAUAUAUAUUUUUGGAAUGUUGCUAAUUCAAAUAAAUAGCAGAAAUAUCAACGAAAUUAGAAAUGUCAACGAUAUUUUUUUCUACACUUGUAAAACCGGUUAAAGCGGGCAGCUGCCUGCAUUCAAAACAAUGAUCUCAAUGUUACUGGACUGGGUGCCCUGGCAUCCGAGUUAGCGGUUCACCUCAGACCCUUUAACAUUGGUUUGGUGUGUACAAUGUGCCCGGCCAUGCACACCUAUAGUGUACUGAAAUAAUGUCACAUUGUGUGUUUUUUUAAACACGUUGCUUGUGCUUGCCAACUGGUUUUAAUGCGAGUAAUGCCAAGCUAAUGUUGCCUUUUAUUGCGGGAUUAAAAUUACGUCUCUCAUGAACUGUCGUUGAUUUUAACAUCUUAUGCAUAAUCCAGUUGUGUAAUAGUACAUGUUUGUGCAUUUAAUUAUAAUGUCACUCACCAGAUGGCUUUGUAUAAAACAUUAUACUUUCGGUGCUAAAAUAACUUCUAAGUGUCUACUAAUGUGUUACAUGCAGUCCUGUAUUUUCCUUUGAAUGAUUACAUAAGCCAUGCUAAAGAUUGGUUCAUGUAAUUUUGAUGGUAAUAACAUUUCCUAACGCAUCAAAAAUUACAUGAUACCUUUGUUCAAAGAUUUUUUUUUCAAUUACACCACCAACAAAAACAUAAAAGCUCGAGGCAUUUGGUACAGCAACACCAUGCUGGUUAGCUUUGAUGUGCACUGCUGCGUGUACAAUCUUGAGGACUUUGGAUAUUAACAUUGGCAAAUCCUACCAAGAUUAAUUUCAACCAUUUCCAUGCGAUAAUAGUAAGGUAGCCAGAUAUUUAGCGGAAGAAUUCCAUGCAAAACAACUAACCCUCCUGAAUUGAAGCCACUUAAAAUGUUCUCGAUAUUUUACUCCUUGCAGAUUUUUUUGUUCAUGUUGUUUAUUUUUAAUUUAUAUUGACUGCAGCCAUAAAUGUUGUAUGUAAUAUUGUGUUUUAACCACUAAUUAAUAGCCUGAAUUAUUACUCUAAAGUCUAAGCAACCAUUGAGACAAGUCUGGUCAUACAAUUGGGGGUGGGAAGUACCAAAGUGGAUAUGCUCCGAGAUGGAGAGAGAACAGUUUUAGAAGAGCAGCUGAAAGCAAUCUCAAGACAGAAAUAUCUUGCCCUCAUUACCUGGGGUAACAAGGGAAAUUGUGUUAGCACCGCUUGCACCAUUGUCUCUCACUGCCCCAUAUCCUGGUGAUGGAUAUGCCAUCCAGAAAAUUCCAUAUGCCCUUGUAUGCUACUGCUCAUUACAAAGUAGUGCAGGGCUUCUAUAUAUUUGUCAAAUGUGAGACAAACUAAUCAGGCAUAUACACUAAAAAGGAGUGUUACUAAUAAUGGAUUUCAAGAUGGUGCUAAGUUUCUAACUUUGUAUAUUAUGUACCCACCUCCAUAAACAUGGGUAAACCAUCAUUUAAUUUGUACUGAAUAAAAUGUUUUGCAAUAUUUUGGUUUACUGGUUCAUACAUUGUGCGGGCAUGUGUGAAAUGUUGCUUCUGCGAACUCUUCAUAUGAAAUGAAGUUAUUCUCAUGCUCAACGUUCAGUUAUCCCCGCUCAUCAUUGACCUGGGCUCCUUUUCAACAAGUUCCAAUACUCACACGUGUUACAAUACAAAUUGUGUCACUUCAGUUGUGGUAUUAUUUUGUUGUGGCACAUGUAGAUGCAUUUAUACAUUAAAGGAAUAUGUUGUGGGUUUC